AUGCUGCGCUUAGAUGCCCUGAAGGUCUUAGCUACUGAGACAAGACAAACACUGCAGGUUGAGUACUGCCCAGACCCAGCCUUUCAACGUGCCUUUCUUUUACCACGCAAAAUGUCCCUCUUGGUUGAAGUCUUUUCUCUAAAUGACCUGCCUGUCUUCUAUCGAGCUGAGCCCUUAUUCAGUGUUGACGGAUACUUGCACCUAAAAGCAGGCGAGCCCAUUGUGGUUCCCUGUCCCGGCCUGUCGUUUUAUGAGCCUUCCUCUUUACCUAAACCAACUGGACUUGGCCCCGUGUCUAAAUCCGGCCUCCAAACAGCGGUUGCCACUGCCAUUAAUGGACUAGUAGCCGCGGCAGCCCGCAAGGCCGAAAAAGCCCACUUUAAAGUUGAUGAUCCAGGCUGCCCUCGUCUGUGCCUCUUCUUGCUUAAACUAGGCCGCAUUAAGGAAGCUUUUGCUUGUAUUCGUGAUAGCUACUCUGAAUCCUUUACUUUAAAACCAGUCCUGCCCUAUCUGAUCUAUGAAGCCUACUGCUCUUUGUUUCUACCUACCGAAACCGACGCCACCCCCGAGCGCUUGCUAAGACUAGCUCAAUCUUUAGGCCCAGAAACUGAUUCCGAAACCGAAGACCGAAUUCUUACUUGUCUACUAAUUGGCGUGAAACUCACCCGUCCCAAGAAAUCACCAGAGCUACUUGGUCUUUAUAGUCGCAUCCAAGUCUCACCCGAGAAGAAAGCCCUCUUCUUCUUCUUGUUCGCCCAAAAUCUCGGCCAAGAAGCCGCCCAUACUAAGUAUGCUCUUAUUGGAUUGGCCGAAACCGCCUUCUCCUGUCCCCGUUGUGUUCAUUCUCGCCAAGCCGAUGUACAAAAGGCCCUUCGCACAAUUGUCACGCAAUCUUCUACUCUAAAUCUAGCCGUUCCCAUCUGUGAGCAACCACUAACAGAGUAUCUCCACGGCCAGUCACCACUACCCACCCAUUCUAUCCUCAUUGAAUCCGAAAUCAAAGACUUCACCACCACUUCCCCACUUCCCAUUUCACACACUCAAACCAUCUACUCCGAAGGCCGUAUUUUUCUCCACAGUUCUCCAAGCAUUAUAAUCACUUCUCUACUAAUUGAAUCCCCAUUCCAACCAACCCUUUUCCUUAAAGCCAGUUCCUCAACCACAUCCACCACCAACUCCACUCUCCUUGCACCCGUCCCCGGUCCUUCCCAUCUCCCCAGUCCCACCCAUACUCUCACUACUUUCUUCCUCCCCUACUCCACUCUAAUCACAGCUAUCCAUCUCCAGCACAAAGGCCAAAAGUUCAAAGAAACCGUCAGUAUUCCCAUUGAAAUAGUUCCCCCCAUUAUUCCCAAGAAACUCUACGCCCACCGCUACUCCAUCAUCCCCACUAUCAUUUCCCCAACCUCCAAUGAAGAGUCUACCAUCCUCUCCCAAAUUAUCUCCCAUAUCACUCCUUCCCCACCAUCCCCACCCAACUCCACCCACCUUAACCGUACACAACCCAACUCCACCCAACUCAACUCCACCCCACCCAAUUCCACCCCACCCAAUCCAACCUUCCCUGAAUCCUACUCUAAACUCUCACCCAUGUCCCUGCCCGUCCGCAUUCCCUACCGCUCCUUACACACUUCACAACUCCUCUACAAAGAACUCCGCCUUCACUGGCUCCCUCUCCCCCUACUUACCCUCACUGAGCAACCAGAUACACUCCAAAUCACCGCCCAUAACUACGAUCUCCUCAUCACUUACAAUCUCCCAACCAAUACUAAACCAAUCCAAGAACACCUUAUAGCCCGACACUCCUUUAUUCUAAAAAGACCUCCCUCAGGCCGCAUUAACUGGUCUCUCCUCACUAGAAACAAGUCCGGUUUCAUUCUCCUCUAA